AUGGUCCGACUUUCUCUCUGCGCCUUUUCUUCUCUGCUUGCCAUUGCAUCAGCAAUCAAAGACUGCAACCCAGAACAAGCAUGUAGCGACCUGAAAUCGUCUCAUCCGUCCAUAACCUUUCUCCCCGGCGAUGAGAAAUACACCAAUGAGACUGAAGUUUCGUGGACUGCGUCCGCGUGGCUCAAACCAGCCUGCGUCUUCGCCCCUCGAAAUGCCAAAGACCUUUCGUUCGCCGUCAAGACGUUCACCAGAACAUCGACCCCAUUUGCAAUGAGAGGUGGGGGUCACAUGCCCAUUCCGGAUGCAGCAAACAUCAAUUCUACCGGUGUUCUCGUCUCUAGUUCGAAUCUGAAGACUUUGCAGCUUAGCUCAGACCAGCAGACGAUGAGCAUUGGUCCUGGUCCUCGCUGGGGCGACGUCUUUCAAUAUCUGGAAGGGACAAAUCGAACCGUCAUUGGAGGCAGACUGGCCCCGGUAGGUGUGCCAGGCCUCUUGCUUGGUGGCGGCAUGUCCUGGUACAGCUACAAGCAUGGACAAGGAUCUGCUGGAGGAAAGAUCAAAGCUUAUGAGGCCGUCUUAGCGGACGGAACUAUAGCGACCGUCACAGCAAAGUCAAAAUACGCAGAUCUCUAUUGGGCUCUUCAAGGUGGUGGAAACUCGUUCGCGCUUAUUACUCGAUUCGACCUCCAGACAUUCUAUGCAGAGACGCCUCUCAUGGCCGACGCCAAUUACGGCUCGUCGAACGCAACGCGCGAUGCGUGGCUCAAGAAUAUCGUGGAUUUCACAAACAGCAUUGAUAAAGAUGGCGACACAGGAGCUGCUGUAAUCCCAGUUGCCCGAUGGGGACCAAAUUUCACAGCACCUCUGUACCAAACUACUCUGUUCUACAAUGGAACUGCGGCUCCCGCCUCCGGUCCAUUUGCCGAAUUCAUCAAUGGCACUACACUCAAGGCGCUGAACGAUACAUCAAACAUGAGGCGAAUUUCUUUAACCCAAUAUGGGGCUGCGCUAGGUCCUGCUUUCAAGCCCGGCGGUCAAUCCCAUGGACUAAACCAGAAAUUUCACGUGGUCAGCACCAAGGCAACGUAUGAGGCGGCCACCAUAGUACAUGACACUUUCUUCUCCUCUCUUCAGGAAGCAGGCUUGGCAAAUCGUCUUCCGGGAUUCUUUGUCGGACUUGCAUUCAACUGUAUCACACAAUCAUGGGCGACUGCUUCAGUGGGCGCACCCCAAAAUAUGCCCCAGAAUCCGCAAUUCUGGAUCGAGCAAUCAUUGACUUGGGAGUCCGAAGCUGAUACCCCAGAGAUAGAAGCGUGGGUACAUGCGGUCAACGCGAAAAUGAAUGAGAAGCUCAUUGCUGCGAAUCAAACGGAGAGGUACACAUACCUGAACGAUGCAGACAAGGGGCAAGAGGUUUUCAGCACCUAUGGGGAGGAGAACCUAAGGAAACUGCAAGACAUCCGAAACAAGUACGAUCCUCAUCGUAUCUUUACCGACUUGUUGCCUGGUGGUUUCAAGGUCGCGCAUGCAUAG